UUGACAGUUUAAGCCGGAAAUGACGUUUUAACUACGAGCGCCGCUUCCAAAACACAGCCUGAAGUCUGCAAAUGGAGCCAAAAAAUGGCAUCAUUAAGUGAUUUAGACAUCCCACAGGUCUGAUCAUGUCUGUGGUGACAGUCCAGCUGGGUCAGUGCGGUAACCAGGUGGGACAGGAGCUGUUUGACGUCAUUUGUAGCGAUGCUCGCGACGUCCACAGGAAAACGUACAGCACGGUGAGCUGUGAGCGCUUCUUCCGCGAGACCACACAGGGAGACCUCGAAGCCAGGGCGGUGCUGAUUGAUAUGGAGCCCAAAGUGAUCAACCACAGCAUGAGCAAGGCUGCGAAGUCUGGCAGGUGGAGGUAUGGAGAGACUUCCCACUUCAGCCAGAAACAGGGCUCUGGAAACAACUGGGCCAAUGGGUAUUGCGUCCAUGGCCCUCGUCACAGAGACGCGUUGGAGGAGCUGAUGAGGAGGGAGGUGGAGCACUGCGACAUGCUGGCGGGGUUCAUCCCCAUCAUGAGUGUCGCAGGGGGGACAGGCUCAGGAGUCGGUACUUUCGUCACUCAGUGUCUCAGAGACGCCUACCCAUCGUCGUUUGUCCUUAACCACCUCACCUGGCCAUAUGGGACUGGGGAAGUGAUUGUCCAGAACUACAACUCAGUGCUGACGCUUGCACACCUCUACCAGCUCUCUGAUGCCAUCCUGGUGCACGAGAACGACAUUGUGCACAAGAUCUGCAGUCAGCUGCUGAAGAUCAAGCAGAUCUCUUUCAGUGACAUCAACAGGGUCAUUGCUCACCAGCUGGGUGGGGUGCUGCAGCCCACGCUCACUCCCGCUUCCUGUGGAGCUUACAGUAGGCAUCCUGUUGGUGAGUUGAUGAGCGCUCUCGCCUGCCACCCAGAGUACAAGCUGCUGAGUGUGUGCACCAUCCCCCAGAUGGCCAGCUCCUCCAUCCCCUUCAGCACCUUCAGCUGGCCGGCUCUGCUCAAACACCUGCGGCAGAUGCUCAUCUCCAACAGCAAGAUGGAAGGAGGUAUAGACUGGCAGGUCUGUCCACCUCCAGCCUCAGCGGGGCGGUCCAGGAGUCUCUCAGCUGGGAGCUUCAACACCUCCCUGGCCAACCUGCUCAUCCUGAGGGGGAAGGACGUCUACAGUGCAGAGACGGGGGGAUUUGAAGACUCAGCUAUUUAUACUUCAUGGCUUCCACCAGAUGAAGCACUUAGCUUGUGGAAAUCCCCCGUUCCCUUCAAUAAGUAUGAGAAGUCUGCAACAUUGGUUAGUAACAGCCAGGCUCUGCUCAGACCUCUGGAUGACAUGGUGAGAAAAGCCUGGAACAUGUUUGCUUCCAGGGCCUACAUCCAUCAGUAUGUUAAAUUUGGGAUCUCAGAGGAGGAUUUUCUGGACAGCUUUACAUCUCUUGAGCAGGUGAUCUCCAGCUACUCUGAGCUUCAGUAACUGAGAGUAGCUGUGAGAGACGACACCAAGCAACACAGUGGACUGAUUUUAACUACAUUAUUUAUUUUUGGUAGAUUUUUAAAAAAUUGUGUAAAUAAAAUAAUUUGCUUUAGGAACA